AAACAAGAGGGAAGACAGAAGGGUUGUUCUUCUGUCUCCUUCCUGCGUUGAAUCCUAAGAAAACAAAACACUUCGAAAUUUCACAUAAUUUUUAUUUUUUUAAUUACAGAGACUGCAAAUGCACCCUUGGCUUUGACUCUUUCCAUUUCAUUUCACAUUGAUUUCUAUUAUUUAUCCCCUCAAAACCCUUAAUUUCUGGUGUAAUUUUAAGGCAAACCUCUUCGUUUUUUCUUUAUUUUUCUCCAAGUUCCCUUCUUAGCAUCAAAGGCUCUUGCAAAUCUCCGGUUUUUAUGACUUGAAGAGAAGAAAUAUUGAAUUUUUGUAUGAGCACUGGCCCUGUUGGGAGGGAGAUUGAGAGAAUUUUGAAGCUUUGAGUCAUGGGAAAUUGCUGUACAACACCUGUUUCUUCAUCUCAGAAGAAAACAAAAGGGAAAAAGAACAAACCAAAUCCAUUUUAUGGUGAUGAUUAUGUAGUAAGCAAUAUAUCUGGAACUCAUAGGCUAAGUGUACUAAAAGAUUCCACGGGUCAUAAUAUCUCAGUGGAGUAUGAUCUGGGUCAUGAGCUUGGCCGAGGGGAGUUUGGUGUGACAUAUUUGUGUACUGAUGUAAAUACAGGCGAAAAGUUUGCUUGCAAGUCUAUUUCAAAGAAGAAACUUAGGACUGCAGUGGACAUUGAGGAUGUGAGGAGAGAGGUGCAGAUCAUGAAGCAUUUGCCUAAGCAUCCAAAUAUCGUGUCACUGAAGGAUACUUAUGAGGAUGAUAGUGCCGUGCACAUUGUGAUGGAGUUGUGUGAGGGAGGAGAGUUAUUUGAUAGGAUUGUUGCGAGGGGACAUUACACGGAGAGGGCAGCUGCUGCUGUUAUGCGGACCAUCGUUGAAAUUGUGCAGGUGUGUCAUAAGCAUGGAGUGAUGCACCGUGAUCUUAAACCUGAGAAUUUUCUGUUUGCAAAUAAGAAGGAAACUUCUCCCUUGAAGGCAAUUGAUUUUGGGUUGUCAGUCUUCUUCAAACCUGGUGAGCAAUUUAAUGAGAUUGUGGGAAGUCCAUAUUACAUGGCUCCAGAGGUUCUAAAGCGCAAUUAUGGUCCUGAGGUUGAUGUCUGGAGUGCCGGAGUUAUUUUGUAUAUUCUACUUUGUGGUGUUCCACCUUUCUGGGCAGAAACUGAGCAAGGUGUAGCACAGGCAAUUAUUCGUUCAGUAAUUGAUUUUAAAAGGGACCCUUGGCCUAAAGUUUCUGACAAUGCAAAGGACCUUGUGAAGAAGAUGCUUAAUCCUGACCCCAAGGAGAGGCUUACAGCUGAGCAAGUGCUGGAACAUACUUGGUUACAAAAUGCCAAGAAAGCUCCGAAUGUUCCACUUGGUGAGACUGUGAAAGCAAGGCUUAAACAAUUCUCUGUAAUGAACAAACUGAAAAAAAGAGCUCUAAGGGUUGUGGCUGAGCAUUUGUCUGUGGAGGAAGUGGCUGGCAUAAAGGAGGGAUUUGAAAUGAUGGACACUAGCAAGAGAGGCAAGAUAAACCUUGAGGAGCUUAGAGCUGGGCUGCAAAAUAUUGGCCAAAACAUUCCAGAUGUAGAUCUUCAAAUCCUAAUGGAAGCUGCUGAUGCUGAUGGGGAUGGAAGUUUGAAUUAUGGAGAGUUUGUUGCAGUUUCAGUUCACCUUAGGAAGAUGGGUAAUGAUGAACAUUUGCAUAAAGCUUUUGCUUUCUUUGACAAAAAUCAGACCGGUUACAUAGAGAUUGAAGAGUUACGAGAAGCCUUAUAUGAUGAAGUUGAGGCCAACGGUGAAGAUGUUAUCAAUGCCAUUAUGCAUGAUGUUGAUACAGACAAGGAUGGUCGCAUAAGUUAUGAGGAGUUUGCUACAAUGAUGAAGGCUGGUACAGACUGGAGAAAGGCAUCCCGACAAUAUUCACGGGAAAGAUUCAACAGUUUGAGUUUGAAGUUGAUGAGGGAUGGAUCAUUACAGUUAGCUGCCUGAGGAUUGAAGAUAUCCAGAAGACAGACUAAUCUAAUGGGGAAAAGAAGUAAGAAAGUGUUUGAUUUUGUUUCCAUGAAAUUAUUUUUAUUAUUUUUUUCAAUAUGUUCCCAUGUUUAGGUAGGAUUAGGGUGGCUUGUACUUAAGUUUCUUAAGUAUUUGAAGUGUUUAGAAUUUAUCUGAUUAUGUAGUUUCAAGAAAAGAGAAAAGAAUUCUUUGAAGGGAGAUGGAAAGAUUGUUAUCAUGAUGAACCACUAUUGGUGGUUGUACAUAUUGUAAUAGGCUUACUGGCCCUUUUUUAUCAGACAAUUAUUUGUCUAAUAGCUUUAAAAUUGUA